CAGCAGCUCCGUCAGUCCGUCGCUGCAGUCACACACAGCGGCCACUGAUCAACAUCAUCCUCUCGCCUUUAUCGCCGUGCUGUCUCUGAAGGAACCGAGGCGGUUGGACCAGAACCAUCUCACAUUAUACGCGUUCGUGGUGAACAUGAGGAAACCUGCUACCGAGGCUUCUCCCUUGAAGAAGACCGGGACCUGGCAUCAUUUUUCAGCGUACGAAUGAGAGGUGGUGAUGCAGCAGCAGCAGCAGAAAUCGUCAUGACCAUUCUCUUGACAUCCAGUCAUUCCUUCUCUGGAGGAGUUCAGCGUGAACAUACAGGGAUGAGAUAAUAAAACAAUCAACUUGGUUUAUGCUUCCACAACACUAUUGUAGCAUUUUUGAACCCAGCCCAUUCUAUCCCGCCCAGGCCCCUGAAGCCCUUGCCCUGCCCCUGAGUCAGAUCUCUUUUAAAUUUAAAUCAUGACGACACCGGCCCUUCUGCCACUGUCGGGCCGCAGGAUACCCACUCUCUCACCAGGCACCUCCUCUUUCCCGCACCACAGAGCUACGCUGAGGCUCUCAGAGAAGUUCAUCCUCCUCCUCAUUCUCAGUGCCUUCAUCACUUUAUGUUUCGGGGCCUUCUUCUUCCUGCCGGACAAUUCCAAGCACAAGCGCUUUGACCUGGGAUUAGAGGAUGUUCUCAUUCCUCACAUUGACUCACCCAAAGAAGGGAAACAUGCUUCUGGACAAGUGAUCAUACACGGACAGGGAGGACAUGAUGAGCACAGACACAGGGAAGAAGAGGAGAGCCUACGAGACAAAAUCCGGGCCGACCAUGAGCGAGCGCUGCAGGAGGCAAAGGAGAAGCUAAGAAAGUCUCGUGAAGAGCUGCAGGCUGAGAUACAGACUGAGAAAAAUAAAGUUGUGGAAGACCUGAAGAAGAAGGAUGCGGGGCCUAAACCCCUGCCACCUGUUCCCAUGCCUAAAGUGGUGGGCGUCAGUGAUGGAGAACCAACAGAGCCUGACGUCAAGGAGAAACGGGAUAAGAUCAGAGAGAUGAUGAAACACGCCUGGGACAGCUACAGGCAGUAUGGCUGGGGUCAUAAUGAACUAAAGCCCAUCGCCAAGAAAGGACAUUCCACAAAUAUCUUUGGUAAUUCCCAACUGGGAGCGUCCAUCGUUGAUGCCUUAGACACUCUGUACAUCAUGGGUCUGCAGGAGGAGUUUAAGGAUGGACAGGAGUGGAUCGAUCAGAACCUGGACUUCAGUGUGAAUUUUGAGGUUUCCGUGUUUGAGGUCAACAUUCGUUUCAUUGGAGGAUUACUGGCCGCCUACUACCUCUCUGGACAGGAAGUUUUUAAACUGAAGGCGGUGCAGUUAGCUGAGAAACUACUCCCUGCUUUCAACACCCCCACGGGAAUCCCCUGGGCCAUGGUCAACCUGAAGAGCGGUGUUGGCCGUAACUGGGGUUGGGCGUCAGCAGGCAGCAGCAUCCUGGCUGAGUUUGGAACACUGCACAUGGAGUUUGUUCACCUCACCUACCUGACGGGGAAUCCAGCCUAUUACCAGAAGGUGAUGCACAUCCGAAAGCUUCUAGCCAAAAUGGAUCGGCCAAAUGGACUCUACCCAAACUACCUGAACCCUCGUACAGGGCGCUGGGGACAACAUCACACUUCAGUGGGAGGACUUGGAGAUAGUUUUUACGAGUACCUGCUGAAGGCGUGGCUCAUGUCAGACAAGACGGACACAGAAGCCCGCAAGACGUACGAUGACGCUAUCGAGGCCAUCGAACGCCACCUCAUUCGUAAAUCCAACGGCGGCCUGACAUUCAUCGGUGAGUGGAAGAACGGCCACCUGGAAAGGAAGAUGGGCCACCUGGCCUGCUUCGCCGGCGGCAUGUUUGCUUUGGGCGCUGAUGGGUCGCCCGAUGACAAGGCCGGACACUACUUGCAGCUGGGCGCCGAGAUCGCACACACGUGCCACGAGUCCUACGACAGGACAGUGCUGAAGCUCGGCCCAGAGGCCUUUAAGUUUGAUAGCGGCCUGGAGGCUGUGGCUGUGCGGCAGAACGAAAAGUACUACAUUUUACGGCCCGAAGUCAUCGAGACCUACUGGUACAUGUGGAGGUUCACCCACGACCCCAAGUACCGGCAGUGGGGCUGGGAAGCAGCACAGGCCAUUGAUAAGUACUGCAGGGUGAGUGGAGGUUUCUCUGGGGUGAAAGACGUCUACUCCUCCAACCCCACCUAUGAUGACGUGCAGCAGAGUUUCUUCCUGGCAGAAACCCUCAAGUACCUGUACCUGUUGUUCUCCAGCGAUGACCUCUUGCCUCUGGAGAGUUGGGUCUUCAACACAGAGGCUCACCCACUUCCUGUCCUCCACCUGGGCAACAUCACGCUGCCCGGCAGUGAGCCGGCUCAGCAAUAAACACACACACAUACACACAGACCCUCUUUCUGCUCUACGGCACCUGGGCUGGGGGCGAGGGUGGCGAGGGGCACGGGGGCGGGGGGCAGCGCAUCAUUUGUCCGCGCUCUAAAUUAAAGCCCACCCCACCAACACCGGACUGACGUACAUUUUGGUCCACUGCUCACGGACGGCAGACAUCAAACACAGGAGCUGGAGACACCGCUCUCCUGCUCCGUCUCCUGUCUUCUCCAGUCAGAGGACAGAGGUUGUGCUGCCGCACGGUCGGCUUCGAUGGACCGAGCUGAGAAAGUGGUGGUCGGACAAAAAAAACGACGACUUUGUUUGGUUUCUUUUAUUUUUCCGGUUUUAUUGACCAAUCUUUCCUCCGGACUCAGAUAUGGCACUGAAAGUGUUGGUGGGUUUUUGAAAGGCCAGUUGGACACUGGUACUGAUGGAGGUGUGGGUUUUUUUCAGACAGUGGGACUUGAGGACUUUACAGGGUCCCUGGAUGGUUUUUUGUUCCUACUGGUCCUGAUGGGGACACAGGGUUGAAUCAAAGCUUCUUCUUGACCCAAACUCUAAAUCUUCACCCUAUUAUCCCUUCAUCACAUGAACUUGGACCUGGAACUGUUAACAGCUCAUCACGUUCUCAGCAUCACAGCAGGCAGUGGAAACACUUUCACUUCCUCAAAGAUUUUUUUUUUAAAUAUCUAAAGAAAAACAACGUGGACCAGUGUGUGUAGAACAGCAGCAGCAGGUGGACAGCUGGUCUCCUCGUCUUCACCUCCUGGUCCUCCAGUCUGAGAUGUCCAAAAGCUGCAGCUGUUGACCCUGUGACCUCCUCGCAGCUUGAUUUGACACUGCCCCGCCCCCCCUUUGUUUCCACAUUUUUCUUAUCAAACUAUCACAGUUUCUCUGCAGCUUAUUGUCUUUUUUCUCAUCUGUGCCGCCGGCUGAUUUCCCAGCUUUUCAUAAAUCAACUCGCAUCAUUUUCAGAUCAUUCACAGUGAGAUGAGGUGUGUGAGUAUGUGUGUGAGAGAGAGAAAGAAAAGGGUGGAAUGAGUAGGUGAGUGGGUGUAUUGUGGUUAAAAUAACCCCCUGCUGUAAAUCAUUUCUAGGUGCACUUUGUAUGGAGGGAAUGAUAGUCGGAGCAGAGGAAAUGAAGACGUCCCGUGACACAUUUUCUCUGCUCCACCUUGAAUCACUAUCACUCUGCCACCUGACUGUAGGCAUCAUUAACUGAAGCGCUGUCAUUUUCAUCCAUCAUCGCCGCUCUUAUGGGCCUCCUUUCUCCUCUGUUUCAACUUGUCCAUCAUCGUAAAACUUACAGAACCUUCAUUCUCAGGGUUCUCAUGUGGCUCCAAAAAGUAUGAAACCGUAUUUCAUGUCAGACAGAGAUUCUAAAUCUCCCCAAAGUAUGGCUGUCACUUUAGCCACAAAGCAAGUUGGAAGGUCUAUUGCGUCAAAUGACCCAUUGAAACACACACACACACAAAAUAAGAUGUUAUUCAGAAGUUGAUCUUAGUGUUUAUGGAGAUGUUUUUUCCUACCACAUGUUCUUCUUUUGUCGGUUUAUUUUAGUGCCCUGGGCGACUGGUUAGCUUUCCUGCUAACAGCUAACGAUGUCUGGAGUCUGCUUUAGGCUAAGGCUGCACUACUGUGGUAAAGAAAGGGUGAGAGCACCCUCUGUUGGAUCACAGAGUCCAUGGUGGUGUAGGUGGUACAACUUCUGAUGAUAAAGUGACAGCCCUGUUAUACAGGGGAUACAAAUGUGGACUCAUUCUGUUAAACAUCAUUGUUCAGACAGAAACGAGAGAAGUGACAUCUGUGAUGAUCAUUCCCCCUAACAAAAGUAACCAUUUCUCCUUAACUUUCCAUAGGUAAUUAAUACAUUUCUUCAAAUCUCAAAUAUCGCUUCGGGUGUCUUCAAACCUUGCUUCCUGUGUUGACCAGUGGUUGGGACACACACAAAAAAAAGUCAUUAUUUCCAUAAUCACUAAAUAUAAUAGAACAUUUCAUUGACAAUGAUGACAUCACACGUGCUUUGUUUGAACACAACCCAGUGGUUUUUAUGCUUUUGCUGGUCCAGGUGUGUGAGUGUGUUAUGAGUGAGGGGUUUAUUUGUUUGCUGUAGAAGCAUUUUUACUCUGAACUUCCCUGUGUCGAAGAGACGGAGCAGGUUCAUUUAAUUUAUGAUUAUAUUUUAUAAUUUAUGAUUCAUUUUUGUCAUCAUGCAGUUGACCACCACUUUAGCAUAGACGAUUUUUUUCAAGCCUUAUGUCAAAUAUGACGCUGCACCAAGUGUGCAUUUCCGCCUGUGUUUUUUGAUCGUUUUUCGAUUUUGAAGUCAAGAUGAAUGGGGGGGGGGGGUUCUGUUCUUUUGCACCAACAUUUUCCUCUGUUCCAGAGAACAAAAAACAACUGACAUUAACAUGAAAAACCUCAAAGAAAAUAAAAAAACUCUUCGCUCAUCUUUGAAAAUUAAUGGACGAGAAGCCCAACAACUCCCCCUGCUGACAAAGAAAUGUAAUAGGUUAUCAGUCGGGACAGAGAUAGUCACAUUGACCAGGCCGUGGUUUAUCAUCAAGUUCCUUAAAAAUGUUUCCCCAGACAUAACCUUAACUGACCUUCAAUUUAAACGAUUAAAUUUGAUAAAACAAAUAAUCAAAUUAUUUUUUUCCUUUAUUUAUCUGUUGGAUUGAGCUGUAACUGUGCUCAUCACUUGUGAUCUGACUACAGCAUCACAUGUUGUGUAUAUAUGUUACAUUUUAUUUCCUAUCCUUUUUACCUUUUUUGCGCUUCCAUCAUUAUCUUUUCCCUCGACCUCUGCUGGCAGUUAUCAUUAUCAUCUAACUGAUGCUGCACAGCUUUGGUUACUGAAUCACCAACCCUUCGGCUCUGACGUCACUGAUAUCAUCGUCAUUAUCACCACCAGUUAUACCCAUUAAAGAAAAAGGAGGAACUGGAGGCCUCAAAAUUGAUUCACUGGGAGCAAUGUUGCUUUUGGAGAAAUGCGUGUUCUGUAUUUGUAUUUUUACUUAUCUAAAGAGAAAAAUAAAAUUAAAUAUCUGUAAAUAAGUUUAGAACUGAGACAAAGUCAUUAAAGAUGUUAUGAAAAGUGA